AUGGAGGUGGUGGGUGAUGGCCUGGGGCUCAGCAAGUCUUCAGUCAGCAAAACUGUGACAACAGUAACACCUUUGCUUUUAAAGCUGAUGAAGAGCAUCCUGGUUUUCCCCAAAACUCCCGAGGAAAUACAGCUGGCCAAUCAACAAUUCUAUGAUCUUGACAACAUCCCCAGAGUGAUUGGCAUCAUUGAUGGCACCCUAAUCCCAGUAUUAAGCCCUAAGGGAAUGUUCACUGACAUUGUGGCAAAAUGGCCUGGAAGCACACAUGACUCUUUCGCAUGGGCCAAUUCGGCAAUUUGCCAGGUGGCUGAAGAAGGUGGCUUUGGUGAUAGCUGGCUCCUGGGAGACAGUGGAUAUCCUCUUCGCCCCUACCUCUUGACACCUGUGCAGCAUCCAGCCACCAUUGCAGAGGAAAGGUUUAAUCAGGCCCAUGGAAGGACACGCUCUAUAGUGGAGAGGACUAUAGGACUGUGGAAACAACGUUUUCGCUGCAUCAGCAAGUCCAGUGUUGGCCUGAAGCUAAACCCCACCAAAAGCUGCUCUGUUAUUGUGGUUACUGCAAUUCUCCACAACAUUGCAGUCAGGGAAAAUGUCCAGCUUCCUGAGGAGGAAGUUGAUGCCGUUGGAGCCAAUGGUGAGGAAGAUGCUGUUUCUGAUGAUGAUGAUGAUGAUGAUGAUCCUUUGAACCCACAUCAAGGCAGAAUGCAUCCUGCAGGAGCAGAAGUCAGAGAACUUUUAAUUCAGAAUAUGUUUGGAUGGUAG